AUGCGUCCUAGUGAGAAGUUGUUAAUGGAUGGUGGUGAAAAGCUCUCGCCUAAGGAUACUACUCGCUAUCGGAGUGUUGUUGGUGCUCUCCAAUAUUUGUCUCUGACACGUCCUGAUAUAUCCUUCUGUGUCAAUAGAGUGUGUCAGUUCAUGUCCUCCCCGACUUCUAUACAUUGGGCGGCAGUCGAAAGAAUUCUCCAUUAUCUACAUGACACUAUUGAUAUGGGCUUGUGUCUUAUAAAGUUUAGCACUGAUUUGCUGAGUGCCUUUUUGGAUGCUGAUUGGACCGGGAAUCCUGAUGAUCGUCGAAGCACGGGAGGCUAUGCGAUCUUCUUUGGUGGCAAUCUUAUCUCCUGGAGUUCAAAGAAACAAUCGAUGGUUUCUCGUUCUAGUACGAAGGCCGAAUAUAAGGUGGUUGCUGAUGCCACUGCCGAAUUAAUUUGGAUCCAAGUCCUCUUACGUGAGCUCGGGAUCUCGCAAGCGUGA